AUGUUUCAGGUGAACAUCGAAAUGUACGCUUCGUACGUCUACCUUUCAAUGGCAAUGUAUUUUGAUCGUGACGACGUUGCACUUCCUAACGUUUCCAAAUGGUUUCGCAAACAAUCGGAUGAAGAGCGUGAGCACGCCAUCAGAUUAAUGAAGUUUCAAAACCUUAGGGGUGGAAGUGUGGUACUACAGGCAAUAAAUAAGCCUGAAAAGGAUGAAUGGGGAUGCGCACUCGACGCUUUCCAGGCAAGAUUCUCUGCAGCUCUAGCUCUCGAGAAGUUCAACAACCAGUCUUUGCUCGACUUACACGCCAAGGCUAGCGCGGCUAACGAUCCACACAUGAGUGAUUUCCUCGAGUCGAAGUUCCUUGAUGAGCAGGUUGAAUCGAUCGCGGAGAUUGCCAAGAUGGUCACGAACCUCAAGCGACUUGGCCCAGGCAUGGGUGAGUACGUCUUCGACAGGGAGAACUUUGAGAGCUAA